AUGCCACACGCAUCAAGCCCGACCCCCGAGGCUCCGUUGUAUGUGAAUGACGGCCGCUUGCUACCUGAGCAGACCGGCUACUUGCGACCUUCAUCACCGGACGAGCCACUUGAAGUGUUGCGUGAUCGUUAUCAUAAUGACGGAUAUCUAUUCCUGAAAGGGCUGAUUCCAAGGAACGAUGUUAUCAAAGCCCGAGAGGCAUACUUUGAACUUCUAUCUCCUAGUGGAGUCCUUGCUCCUGGGACUGCUCCUGCGGACGGCAUAUUUGACAGUUCUAGAAACAAGCUCGAUUUCCCAGGGAUAGGAGCCGGUUCUGCGGAUGCAAAUGGCCGACCGAGUGGUGGGGUCUUCGUUGACCUCGCCCUCAAAGCCCAUACUGAACCAUUCUAUAAGGAUGUAUUCUGCAAGAACCCUGCGCUUCUAGCCUUCAUUUCCAAGUUCACCGGCUGGAAUGAGAACACUCUGGCAUUGACAAGAACUCUGUUGAGGAAUAACACCCCUGGAAAUAAGGCCAUAGGCGUCCAUUACGAUCAGAUAUUCCUUCGCCACGGCGAGGAUACUAGUGUAACAGCUUGGGUUCCGAUGGGCGACAUCGCAUUGGAUGGAGGAGGUCUCAUAUAUCUGGAGAAAGGCCAGACACUAGGAGAGGAGAUCGAAAGGGACUUUUAUCGCAAGGCCACAGAGACCGGGCUGACCGAGUUGGAGGCAAAGGACGCUUUCAACAAAAACAUGAUGAGUGGCGGCCUUCUCGCCGAUGGACCAAAAGACUUUGGAGAACAGUACAAGAGGCGCUGGUUGGUCACUACAUACGAAGCUGGAGAUGUAGUCCUGCACACUCCAUAUACCAUCCAUGCUUCGACAAUAAACUAUGAUGCCAAGAACAUCAUCAGGCUCGGCACUGAUUUGAGGUUUGUGGACUCUUCACGACCGUACGACAUGAGGUGGACCAACGAUUACAGGUUUGGCGAUGGGGUCUAA